AUGCGAUGGCCGCCAUGGAGAUCCGAGUCGAGCAAUGACGAUAAACAACCCCCGGAGUGCAAACCCAGCCCUGACUCCUCGCGCCCCACAUCCGCAACAAACAACCCCAGCUUCCCUCUCGACUGGGCCGCCUUUACAGAAUCACGAACUCUCAUUUCAACGGUUGUUUUAACGAGUGGCAUUCUCCUCGCUGUGCGCCUUCAUCGCCAGUAUUUACGCCGUUUCCCUGAUGCCACUAGCAUAUCGCCUUCCUUUCUCCGACGUAGGACCGUCUUUGGUCAAGUGACCAGCGUUGGCGAUGGCGACAACUUCAGGAUAUACCACACUCCCGGUGGCCGGCUUGUUGGAUGGGGCUGGUUACCCUGGAAGAAGGUCCCAACGACCAAAAAGGAGCUGAAGGACAAGACUGUUUGUAUCCUCCCCCGUCGCAUGGCUCUUUGUUUUCGUCCAGACUUCGGCGUGUAUCUAACUGUUCCCUCCGUGAUCCAGAUCCACAUUCGUCUAGCUGGCAUAGACGCCCCUGAACUCGCGCACUUCGGUCGUCCCGAGCAACCAUUCGCCCGCGAAGCCCACGAGUGGCUCAUAUCCUACCUACAAAACCGCCGAGUGCGGGCCUCCGUUUACCGUCAGGACCAGUAUCAGCGCGUGGUCGCGAGUGUAUACGUCCGGCGCGCGUUCGAUUUCCCGCCUUUCCGUCGGCGUGAUGUCUCAUUUGAAAUGCUGAAGCGGGGUCUGGCAACGGUCUAUGAAGCAAAAAUGGGCGCGGAAUUCGGAGGCAAGGUCAUGGAGCAGAAGUACCGCCGUGCUGAAUGGUGGGCGAAAGCGCGGUCUAAAGGCCUGUGGAAAGACUACCGCCGCGUUGGGUCAAAUUGGGAGAGUCCAAGGGAAUACAAGACCCGAAUGGGUAUGGGUGACCUCGCGGACAAUGGAGGGAAAUCAAAGUGA